GGUUCUGGUUAGACCAGAGGCCACAAUGUCUGCGACAUCUUCCCUCUGUCAUUUUAAACUGUUUUAAAGAUGUGAGGUCAUGUUCUAGGCUCAGAGAGGGAGUGGUAAGUGUGUGGCAGUCAGGUGUGGGGAUAACACUAAAUGAUCUGAUGGAAAGUAUCUUCAGAUGUCCAAGAUGAGAGACCUUAUCAGAUAUGAGUCUUAUUUUUAGUUUGAAAUAAUUUAUGUACGGACAUUCUUCUAAAAGACAACACGAUAAUAUUCCUAAAACAGGAACAUAGACCAAUCUCCUGUGAUGAACUUCUUCUGAGAGUGAAAGGUAUCAUGAUCAAUUCAAGCCAGAUUCCAUAUUUCAUACUGACUGCCUACCUGGACAUGGGCUAUCUGAAGUACUUAUAUUUUGUGAUUGUUUUGAUGCUGUACAUUGUGAUUGUGGUUGCGAAUGCUUUGCUCAUUGUAACUAUUUGUAUGAAGAGGAGCCUACAUGAGCCUAUGUAUGUGUUUCUGUGUAGCCUGUUGGUUAAUCAGCUGUAUGGUAGUGCUGGUCUAUUUCCUUUCCUCCUGCUGCAGAUCACCUCAGACAGUCACACCAUAUCUAAAUCCAUGUGUUUCCUUCAGAUCUACUGCUUGUACACGUAUGCAUCUGUGGAGUUUUGUAACCUGGCUGUGAUGUCCUAUGAUAGGUACCUUGCUAUCUGCUGUCCUCUGCAUUAUAAGGCUCGGCUGACCUCUAACAAGGUGGCUCUGUUCAUCGCUCUCAUUUGGCUGUACUCUCUUAUCAAGUUCUUAAUUACUCUUUGUCUGAAUCUUCGUUUAACGCUGUGUGGGAACAUCAUUGACCGGCUGUACUGUCAUAACUACUAUGUGGUCAAACUGGCGUGUACUGAAACAAGCCUUAAUAAUAUCUAUGGGUUCAUCUCCGGAACCCUGACUAUCCUGGUUCCCCUCAUCCCCAUCCUGUUCUCCUACGCCAAGAUCCUCAGAGUGUGUCUUUCCAGUUCCAAAGAGACCAGGCAGAAAGCAGUCAGAACCUGCAGCCCCCACAUCGCCUCCCUGAUCAACUUCACCUUCGGCUGUUGUUUUGAGACGCUGCAAAGUAGAUUCGACGCAACUGGUGUUCCCAAUCUUCUGCGUGUAUUUUUAUCCUUGUACUUUCUGAUCGGCCAGCCACUAUUUAACCCAAUUAUGUACGGAUUUAGGAUGUCGGAAAUCAGAAAUGCUAAAGUGUUUUCACUCAUUAAAACGUGUAUGUUUAAAAUGUAUUAA